UCUGACCGGUGACCUGGAGCGCCAGGGAUGGUGCCAUGAGGUACCUCAACAUCUUCACUGCAGGGGAGCUGGUUGCAGUCACGAUCCUGGUGCUGCAGCUCAUCCUGGUCGCUGCUGUGCUGCGGGACAAGCGUCUAUGGAGGAUCCGGCAGCACUGGAAGCAGCCAAGGGCAGCAAUAGCCCGGCUGGAGGAGCAGAGCAGCUUGGACAGGGCGCAGAAGUCAGCAGAAGUGUCCCCUGGCAGCUCCCGACGAAGUUCCAUGAACUACAGGAAGCAUGUCCCAAAGUUCAUCCGCAGCUCCCAGGACACGCGGGCGCUGUUCGAGGAGCAGUGCAGGGAGCUGCAGGCACAGCUGGCCCAGUGGCAAUGGGAACAGGGGCCCUUCCCGGCGGUCCAGACCGAGGUGCCGGCAGAGCCGGGACUGCUGAGGGUCAGAAAGGCUCGCCGGCGCCUGGGAGCGAAGCUGCCGAGGCGGGACACGGGCAAGGGGACGGGAGAGGCCAGAUGUGAGGACACGGGACAGCGCAGCAGCAGCUCCCUGCCCGGAGAACGGGACACCUUUAGCCCCACGGGGUCCCACAGGAGCAGCCGCUCCGUGGGGCUGGGAUGCAGCACCAUCCCCGCUGCUCCGGGCAGGGCCCGCUCGGCACAGCCCACCCCCCGGCGGUGGGGGCUCGGGGUCAGGCAGCGUGGCAAGGGGGCAGGCUGUGGCCUCUUGCAGCCCUGCAGCUCCCUGGGGCGCUCCCUGAUGCACCUCUGGACACGGCACAUCCAGCGCCGGCACCGGCGCCGGCGCCGCGUCCGCUUCGCCACCCCCCUGGUGACAGUGCGGUACAUCGAGUAG